AUGGAUUAUCGUCAAGACAACGGAUUUUACGGAAAUGUGGUUCAAAUCACUACUGGAAACUCUGAAAAUGGUGUUGAAAAUUGGGGUUCUGAGGAUGAUUAUGGGAUAUGGAAUAGAGAAGCUUCUGUUGAUACUAAUUCAAAUUCAAAUUAUGAUGUGAGACAGUCCCAGACGAGAUCGGGUAACGAACCGGUACAUAAAAGACCAAGAAAUUCCCAAUCCGGAGAUUUUAUGGGUUCUAAUCGGUCGAAGGCAAUAGGAAAAAUGUUUUACAAAACCAAAUUGUGUUGCAAAUUCAGGGUUGGCAGUUGUCCAUAUAUCACCAACUGUAAUUUUGCUCAUAGUGUUGAAGAACUUAGGAAACCACCCCCUAAUUGGCAAGAUUUGGUUGCUGCCCAUGAUGAAGAACGAGGAGUGUCAUCAGAGCCGAGGGAGGAGUUUCAGAUUCCGAUUAUAGCAGGUGGUGAGGAGGCACAGAGGUCUUAUAAAGGGAGGCAUUGCAAGAAAUUCUAUACCGAGGAAGGCUGUCCGUAUGGUGAGAAUUGCACUUUCGUUCAUGAUGAGCAGUCUAGAGCCCGAGAAAGUGUGGCAAUAAGUUUGGGAGGGGGUGGCAGUGGUGGUUAUGGAGGCAGUGGCGGUUAUGGAGGCAGUGGCGGUGGUGGACCAAACUUGAAGCCCUCAAACUGGAAAACAAGGAUUUGUAACAAAUGGGAGCUAACAGGGCAUUGUCCCUUUGGCAGCAAGUGUUAUUUUGCUCAUGGAGAAGAAGAGCUGCUUCAACAUGGUGGAGUUGUGCACUCAGAAACUAAAGAUUGGUCUACUCCUGACUCUAAGGAAGGGAUAGUGCCUUGUAAAACUUUGGCCAAUACUGUUGUUUCGUCCGUCGCUUCUAUUCCUCAAUCCGAGGGUUAUCAUAUUGGAGUUCCAUUGCAAAGGUUGUCCAGUGGGACACAAAUGACUGGGCAGAGACCUCAUCGAAAGUGGAAAGGUCCAGAUAAAAUUAGCAAGAUAUAUGGUGACUGGAUUGAUGACUUUGAGUAG